AUGCGUCCCGCCGCCGCUGCAGCGACUCUUCGUCGCACUGCAUUCGCCUCUGCUCGCCCUAGCUUCAGGCUCUCUCCCGUCACACAAGCAGCUCCUGCGCUCAGAGUCGCAGGCAUAGUGCGAACCAUGGCGACCGCUAACAAGAUCAAGGUCAAGAACCCCGUCGUCGAGCUGGACGGCGACGAGAUGACCCGCAUUAUCUGGGAGGAUAUCAAGAACAAGUUCAUCCACCCUUACCUCGACAUCGACCUCAAGUACUAUGAUCUGGGCCUGGAAUACCGUGACAAGACCGAUGACAAGGUCACCGUUGACGCCGCCGAGGCCAUCCAGAAAUACAGCGUGGGUGUCAAGUGUGCCACCAUUACCCCUGACGAGCAGCGUGUGGAGGAGUUCAAGCUUAAGAAGAUGUGGCUCUCGCCCAACGGCACAAUCCGCAACAUUCUCGGCGGCACCGUCUUCCGCGAGUCGAUCAUCAUCCCCCGCAUUCCGCGCCUCAUUCCUGGCUGGGAGAAGCCCAUUGUCAUCGGCCGUCACGCAUUCGGCGACCAGUACCGCGCAAAGGACCGCGUUAUCCCCGGCCCUGGAAAGCUCUCCAUGGUCUACACCCCUGCCAACGGCGGUGCGCCCGAGGAGAUCGAGGUUUACGACUUCAAGUCUGGUGGUGGCGUUGCCCAGACCCAGUACAACACGGAUGAGAGCAUCACUGGCUUUGCGCACUCGAGCUUCAAGAUCGCGCUCGACCAGGGCUUGCCGCUUUACAUGAGCACCAAGAACACCAUCCUGAAGAAGUACGACGGCCGCUUCAAGGACAUCUUCCAGGAGCUGUAUGACACGCAGUACAAGCCCGAAUUUGAGAAGAAGGGCAUCUGGUACGAGCACCGCCUGAUCGACGAUAUGGUGGCUCAGAUGAUCAAGAGCAAGGGCGGAUACGUCAUGGCUCUGAAGAACUAUGACGGUGACGUGCAGUCUGAUAUUGUCGCCCAAGGUUUCGGCUCUCUGGGCCUCAUGACCUCCGUGCUCAUCACUCCCGACGGCAAGACCUUCGAGUCCGAGGCCGCCCACGGUACAGUGACCCGCCACUACCGCGAGCACCAGAAGGGCAACCCGACAUCGACCAACCCAAUUGCUUCCAUCUUUGCGUGGACGCGCGGUCUCGCCAAGCGAGGCCAGCUGGACAACACGCCCGAGCUGGUCGCCUUCGCCGAGAGCCUCGAACAAGCCUGUAUUGACACCGUUGACAAGGACGGUAUCAUGACCAAGGACUUGGCGCUGGCCUGUGGCAAGGGCCAGGACCAUGUCACCACCACCGAGUACCUCAACGCUGUAGAGAGGAGGAUGAAGGGCCUGCUGAAGGAGAAGCUGUAA